AUGGAAUCAUAUACUGCUGGAACUCCUUAUAAAUAUGGGCCAAGACUUCGCCGACGUCGCCUCCUGAUAGCUCAUCAUGAUGGUUAUAUAUUCACAUGGGAUCAUUAUCAGCAGCAGCAGCCACCAACAUCGUCUAACAAACAGAUGGAAAAUCAGGGAUUUCGUCCUGUGCCACUUUCGACCACGGACCAGCCACUGCAACUCUUAGAUCAUCGGGCUUCGGAGCCAAUUUCCAUCCUUCUCCAUCCGACCGAUUCAAAUCCUGUCGAGAACAGCACUUCGGGGAAGAAUGAUGUUAAUGUCUUAGGUGUCACGCGCGUUUGGUCCACAGGUAGCGUGGUUCGCUGUCUAGCGGCUGAUGGUUGGCAUGUAAUCUGCGGUUCGGAUGACAAGACUAUUAAAGUUCGUCAUUCAUUAAUUCUUUCUCUGCUCCUUAAUCUAAUUAUUACUACAGUGAAAUCAUGA